AAGCAGACAAUGCAGUGGGGGACUCUGCUAGUAUGCAGAAGGAUAUGUACUGAUCAGAGUCCAACUUGUGCUCCUCAUUUCAUUUCUAAGCAUUGUGAUGAAAGGAUAGGGCAGGAGAGAUUGGAUUUGGUACUCAGCCAGCCAUGGAGGGAGGAGGUGUGCACGAGUUCGAUGGCUCAACCUUCAGAGAGUGCUUCUCCCUCUCAUGGAGGAACCCCUACGUCCUCAGGCUCGCCUUCUCCGCCGGCAUCGGCGGCCUCCUCUUCGGCUACGACACCGGUGUCAUUUCAGGAGCGUUGCUUUACAUUCGUGAUGAUUUUCGUUCGGUUGACAAGAACACAUGGCUUCAGGAGAUGAUAGUGAGCAUGGCGGUGGCCGGCGCGAUCAUCGGCGCGGCGGUCGGAGGCUGGGCGAACGACCGGUACGGUCGCCGAACGUCGAUCCUCGUCGCCGACACCCUCUUCUUCGUCGGCGCGGUGGUGAUGGCGUCGGCGAUGGGCCCGGCGCAGCUGGUGGCCGGCCGCGUGUUCGUCGGCCUCGGCGUCGGGAUGGCCUCCAUGACGUCGCCGCUCUACAUCUCCGAGGCGUCGCCGGCGAGGAUCCGCGGCGCCCUCGUGAGCACCAACGGCUUGCUCAUCACCGGCGGGCAGUUCUUGUCGUACCUCAUCAACCUCGCCUUCACCAAGGCGCCCGGCACGUGGCGCUGGAUGCUCGGCGUCGCCGCCGUCCCCGCCGUCGUCCAGUUCUUCCUCAUGCUCUUCCUCCCGGAGUCGCCGAGAUGGCUCUACAGAAAGGGGAGGGAGGAGGAAGCGGAGGCGAUCCUGCGGAAGGUGUACGCGGCGGAGGAGGUGGAGAGGGAGGUGGCGGAGCUGAAGGAGUCGGUGGAGGCGGAGGUGCGGGAGAGGGGGAGCCCGUCGUCGGAGAAGGCGAGCCUGGUGACGCUGCUGGUGACGACGGCGACGGUGCGGCGCGGGCUGGUCGCCGGCGUGGGGCUGCAGGUGUUCCAGCAGCUGGUGGGCAUCAACACGGUGAUGUACUACAGCCCGACGAUCGUGCAGCUCGCCGGGUUCGCCUCCAACCAGACGGCGCUCGCGCUGUCGCUCGUCACCUCCGGCCUCAACGCGCUCGGCUCCGUCGUCAGCAUCUACUUCAUCGACCGCACGGGGCGGAGGAAGCUGCUGGUGAUCAGCCUCGCCGGCGUCAUCCUCUCCCUCGGCGUGCUCUCCGCCGUGUUCCACCAGACCACCUCCCACUCCCCGCCCGUCGGCGCCGCCGAGACGCGCCACUUCGACGGCUCGCUCACGUGCCCCGGGUACCGCUCGUCGGCGACGACGGCGAGGCUGUGGGACUGCACGAGGUGCAUCAAGGCGGAGUGCGGGUUCUGCGCGUCGGGCGGCGGCGGCGAGAAGGAGAAGCUGCUGCUCGCGGGGGCGUGCAUGGUAUCGAACGCGACGGCGCGCGACGCGUGCCGCGGCGAGGCGGGGAGGGAGUGGUACACGAGGGGGUGCCCGAGCCGGUACGGGUGGCUGGCGCUGGUGGGGCUGGCGCUGUACAUCGUGUUCUUCUCGCCGGGGAUGGGGACGGUGCCGUGGAUCGUGAACUCGGAGAUCUACCCGCUGCGGCACAGGGGGGUGUGCGGCGGCGCGGCGGCGACGGCGAACUGGGUUUCGAACCUGGCGGUGGCGCAGUCGUUCCUGUCGCUGACGGAGGCCAUCGGGCCGGCGUGGACGUUCCUCAUCUUCGGCGGGCUGUCCGUGGCGGCGCUUGCGUUCGUGCUCGUCUGCGUGCCGGAGACCAAGGGGCUCCCCAUCGAGGAGGUGGAGAAGAUGCUCCAGCAGAGGGAGCUCCGCCUCAGGUUCUGGGCCAGGCGCCGCCGCAGCUCCGGCGACGGCGGCGGCGGCAAGACCGCCGGCGUCUGAUGCAAGCAGCGUUUGGGCUGUUAGAUCAGCACCGCGCAUGUACACCUUUCGGCCAUAAAUAUUCGAGUGAUCAAGUUUCAAAUUUGUCUUUUCAAA